AUGGCGCGGGGCCGGCGCGGCGGGCCCGGCUGAGCCGCCGCUGCCCGCGGGGCGGGCGGCCCCGGGCCGCGGCGGCCGCCGCCCCGAUGAGCGGAUGAGGAGCGGGCGCGGCGGCCGGCGGUGCCUGGGCGGGGAACCGGGUGCGUGCGCCAUGAACCCCGAGCUGGCGAUGGAGCCGCUGGGCAGCCUGCACGGGGCGGCGGGGCACGAACCGGAGAUGAUGGGCAGCCCCAGCCCUCACCACGGCGGCCGCAGCGCGGGGCCGCUCCGGGUGCCGCCCCCCCCGCCGCCGCCGCCGCCGCACCAGGAGCUGCCCCCCGCCGCCCGGCCCGCCAUGGUGCCCAGCAUGGCCUCGCUGCUGGACGGCGCCGCCGAGUACCGGCCCGAGCUCUCCAUCCCGCUGCACCACGCCAUGAGCGUACCCUGCGAGGCCUCGCCGCCCGGCAUGGGCAUGAGCGGCACCUACACCACGCUGACGCCGCUCCAGCCCCUGCCGCCCAUCUCCGCCGUCUCCGACAAGUUCCACCACCCGCAUGCCCACCCGCACGCCCACCACCACCACCACCACCACCAGCGCCUGCCGGGCAGCGCCGGCGGCGGCUUCGCGCUCAUGCGGGACGAGCGCGGGCUGCCGGCCGUCAACAGCCUCUACGGGCCCUACAAGGAGGUGCCGGCCGUGGGGCAGAGCCUCUCGCCGCUGGGCAACGGGCUGGGCCCGCUCCCUGGCUCCCAGCAGGGCCUGCACGGCUACGGGCCGCCUGGCCACGACAAGAUGCUGAGCCCCAACUUCGAGGCGCACGCGGCGAUGCUGGCGCGGGGGGAGCAGCACCUGCCCCGGGGGCUGGGGACGCCCCCGGCCAUGCUGCCGCCCCUGAACGGCGCGCACCACCCCGCGCCCCCCGGGCCGCCGCCGCCGCACGGCCCCGCGCUGCCCGCCGGCCGGGAGCGGCCGCCCCCCGCCGCCGGCCCGCAGGGGAGCGGCGCGGGGCAGCUGGAGGAGAUCAACACCAAGGAGGUGGCACAAAGGAUCACGGCGGAGCUGAAGCGCUACAGCAUCCCGCAGGCCAUCUUCGCCCAACGAGUGCUGUGCCGCUCCCAGGGGACCCUCUCGGACUUGCUGCGGAACCCCAAGCCUUGGAGUAAACUCAAGUCCGGCCGGGAGACGUUCCGCAGGAUGUGGAAGUGGCUGCAGGAGCCGGAGUUCCAGAGGAUGUCUGCCCUGCGGCUAGCAGCCUGCAAACGCAAAGAGCAAGAGCCCAACAAAGAGCGGAACAACUCCCAGAAGAAAUCCCGCCUGGUUUUCACGGACCUCCAGCGCCGAACGCUUUUCGCCAUCUUCAAGGAGAACAAGCGUCCCUCCAAAGAAAUGCAGAUCACCAUCUCCCAGCAGCUGGGCCUGGAGCUCACCACCGUCAGCAACUUCUUCAUGAACGCCCGCCGGCGCAGCCUGGAGAAGUGGCAGGACGACCUGAGCUCCGGGGGCUCCUCCUCGGCCCCCAGCACCUGCACCAAGGCGUGAGGGGCGCGGCACGGCCGGCAGAGAGCGGCUUGGCAGCGCGGCCCCUCGCUGGUGACUAAAGCACAAUCCCCCCGCAACCAAGCCCAGCCCAGCUGCUCCCGAGGACGUUCCUACGGCUUCUCGUCGGUCUUAGCAGGCGCAGGCUCCACAUUAACCUCUCUCCACACAAUACUAUGCUCAGGACAGGCGAAGCAGGUCUGAAACGUAGGGGAGUCGUUCUUGAGGCAGGUUUCUCCUGAGCCCCAGGUUUCUGCUGCCGGCCCGGCAGCCUCCCGUGCCCGGCGCCUGCCGUGUGCUGGCCACACCACCCUGCGGCCACACGACAACGGAGCACAAAGUCGGAUACUAAAAACCCAAGACCCUGUUUUUAAUCUCAGGCAUGGUUUUUUGUUAAGUGUUUUAGGCCAAAAAAAAAAAAAUCAGAUUUAAGGUUUUUUCGGUCGGUUUUUUAGUUUAAUUUAAUCAGCUUGUUCUUGGAUCAGAAAAGUUCAGUUCUCUUGAGCUCAAAGCAUCAAGCACAAAGCCGGUAGCUGCAGCCACAGUCUGGCCCUGGGCUGCCCAGGGCGGCUGUGCCAGCUGCAGCCUGACAUCCCGGGAACACCGCACGAGCCUCAAGCACAGCUGGCAGUUCCUCACAAGCUCUGUGUUUGUACCUAAUGCACACUCAGGAGGUCGAUGGAACUGCUACAGUUCAUGGAGCAAACACAAUGUUUUGGAAGACUUAGAUUAAUUUACAUUAUUACAUCCUUUUUAGUUUCUGGGAAUCUGGUUUCUCCUCGGCAACGGCUGUUACCGAAACCUUUUCAGCGUUCAGUGUAUUUUUGUUCAUUUUAUCAGUAUUUUAUGGUACUUUCAAGCAGGAAAAGAAACAGAAACAACCCUUCAGAUGCCACUGACCGUUUCAGAUGUGCCGCGUUUAGCUCUAUCGCAUCCCUAAGUUCCUUUUCCCUGCCAGCUCCCCGAGCCGGCAGGAACACAGCACACCAAAGAGACAGGAUUUCUGCAAGCCAAAGAUGUUUAUAACUUGCCAUUUCUCCUUGUCGUCGCUGGUGCGGGUGGUUGGCCGGCGCUGGCGGAGCCUGGCGAGCUCCCCGCCCUCUCUCCAGCUCCGUGCAGCGGAGCCGCCCUGGCGGCGGCGCCACGGCCGCUGGCUGCUGACCGGCCCGGGCCGCCGUGCUCCGCCACAGACACUUGAGACUUUUUUUAUGUACUGCUUAAUCGAAACCAAAGAAACGUUUUCUGCACCUACUUCUUCUGCAACAAACUGUUCCAUGGAAAGAUAAAAUAAAAAUUUUAAAAAAACCAAGGAAGCAUGUCAGGAAGCAAACGAGUCCCACACUGUGUUCUACAAACAUCUCGGACAUUUUCGGAAGCAGAUCUCAAAGAAAGGGUUGACAAGAAUGAGAACAAAGCAAAGCCAGUACAAUUGCUGCUUCAUUUGACAACUCAAGUCCUCUUAAAGCUGAAGAUUGUCUUUAAUUUGUGCCUAUGCAGUUUUUUCAAAAGAACAAGGAACAGAGCAACCAAAACCUCAACAGCUACAAUACCAAAGAUGAGGAUUCUCACUACUUGUGUUUCGGUUUGUUUCUCCUCUUGCACGACUAAUGCACAUAACCCCACUGAUCUCUGGACAGGUAACCACUCGUGAGUCCUUGUGCAACCAGAAGGGAGGGUUCAUUUAUGUUUUCCCUGUUUCUGCCCCACGUGGCACCUCUCCAAGUGCAGGAUGUUGGGAUACGGCCCUGGUGCAUCCCCUCCCUCCAGGAAACACUUGUGGGUUGGCUGUGACUUGUGUGUUGGUCUCCCGUGUGUCUGGAGCCGUGAGCAGCCACCCUCCUGCGCGUGACAUCGGUCGAGUGACCUCCACCCUUCUUUCUCCUCCCCAGGGAUAAAACUUGCAAUAUGUGUGUUCCCAUCUCCGUCACUGUGAGCGCUGAGCAGCGCCACAGCCCGGCUCCAAACCUCCACCUGAACCAAACCCAAGAAUUCAGCAGCUCCUGGGGCAGUUCAGGAGCUGCUUCUGACAUAUUAGCCUCGUCAUGUUGCUUGAUCCAGGUCAUGAUGAUCCAGACCAUGACAUGUCCAAAUUUGUCCUCAGAGCUGGAGUGCAUCUUGCUCCUCUCUGCCUUUAGACAAGGGCUUCAUUUUAACUGCUUGACAGGACUGCUGCAGUCACUUCCCAAUGACUGCACUUAAAAUGGAAAAAAAUCAAGAAGCCGCAUCUGCUCAGGACAGGAAAAGUUUCUGGAAAGCAAAUUCAGGAUCCUCUCAGCGAAAUUGACAGCACAUGUCUGCUCUGGGGAUCAAAGGAUCCCCUGGCAGAUUCCAAAGAGAUUUGGAGGAUCCUUGUAGCCAGACAUGGAAUAAAGUUGCCAAAAAGUGGUCCCAGUCUGGGCUGAUGUGUCCUGAGGGCUUCUCACCCAAAUGCCAGGUGUUUGAGUGCAGAGUUUGGAGCCAGCAGGCUGUGGAGCAGGGCCCAGCUGAAGUUUCACUUUCAUUCCCACCUAAGUGUCCAUCAGAGCAGCCCCUGGUGCAUUUUGAGCUCGGCAUUGCCCUCAGGGGAGCUGUCUCAUGCUGAAGUGUCCCCCUGCGAUCUGCAGUGGCAGGGGAUGACACAGGACCAGCGAACACCCCGGUGCUCCUUCCUCACCUGCCCUUCCUGCAGAGAGAGGGUAGGGAAGUGCAUUGUAUGCCACAGGGAAUGAGCCCCGGGCAUCCUCUGAGCGUGUGGGACACCUCACUGAGGCUCCUCUCACCUGGGGGACACUCCCCUGAGGGACAUCCAGAUUGCCACAGCUCUGCCUCCCACCUUCCCCAGAGGCAGAGGGAGCUGCCCACGGCUUCUGGUGAAGCCUGGGAGCAAAGACCUGGCCUUUUUGCUCCUGCUCAGAGCCCAUCCAGUAGCCCCAACAAAGGGAGUUUAGAUCAGGCACUGAAUUAGUUACAAAUUUCUCCUCAGUGAAAUUCUCUCCAAAUUGUGGAAGUGUUUAUUAUGCAGCAUUACAGAGUAGCAACACAAACGAGGCUUCUCUGGGCUGGGGCCUCAAACCUAUCAACAGUCCCAAUGCAUUUUCACCUGCUGCAUCUUUUAUCCCUGCAUCUCUCACGGCCCUGUGUGACGUCUUCCAUUCCAGUGUCCACUCUCGUAGGCCUUUAUGUAGCAGCUCCCUCAGACGAGGAGCGUGGGAGCCACAGACUGUGGUGGAGCUGUUUGUCCGUGCGGGAGAGGCUGUGCUUGCUCUGCCCACACCCCAGCAAAGCCCAGCAGCCUGUUCCAUCUCCAGGCCCUGUACCGAUGAAUCUAUAGAGCUGUGUAAUGUAACUUGUUGUUUGUUUAUUGUGCUGCGAAAGACUCGUGUGUACGGAGAGUAUCCCAGCAUCUUCUGGACCAGGAACUCGGAGCCACAGCCUUGGGCACAGCCAAGAUGAAUUCAGCUUCCGAGCAAGCUUGGCUAUUGCUGGAUGUCCCGAGCAGGAAGAAAGAAUGUGCUCAGUGACUUCGGUUGCAAAGCUUUAUUGUGGAUCUCUCUCGCCUACAGCUGAACCCAAAGACCUGCGAAGGACUCAGCCGGCAAAGCUCGCUCCGCCCGCGGGAGGGCAGGGCUCUCCUUUCCCCAGGGAAGGCACGGCAGCCACCCCGGCUUGCGGAGCGUGCCGGCUUCGGACACGGCCAGCGCUUCCCUUGCUUGUCACGAUUCCCGAGUAUUUUUAUGAGAUGGGGAAACUUUCUACUUGGCCUCCUUUAUAUUUAUUAUGGGGAAUUUUUAUUGUUUAAUUUUUUUAAGAAGGCAAAGCUUAAAAUGGUUUUAUUUUUUUCCAGACGCCUGUGGGUUUUAACCCGAUAUAUUAUCUAUCAGUAAUGUAAUUUAUUUAAUUUAGUCUUAGGGCAGGUCCUGAGAUCUCUGUUCAGUCUGAAUCCCAUUGUGUUUCGGUUUAGCUUUUGAAUUCAGUGGAGUUUUGCCUGAAUGUAGAUGGGGGUCAGGCUCUGAUGUUAGCUCUUUGUAUCUAUUUAGUUCGGCCAUUUGUGAGUUCAUUUGGGCGUAACUUUGCUUAUUUAUCCGCAGGGCUGUUGUAACGCAUCGGGGAUGCGAGGCCUGGUAGUAAAUACACCUCAGAGCUGGUAUUGCUUUGUAGAGCAGCCAGCUUCUGUCAGACAGGGGAAGAACAACUCCUUCCGUCAAAAAGUCUAGUUUUAAUUCCUUCUUUUAAUUCAUUUUAAUCCUUUAAAUAUCAACCUUUAAAUUAUUUAAGUUAAUCUCUUCCCUCCUGAUUAGAAAGUGUGACAUACCUUUAUUAUGGCACAUGAAGCCUUCAUAAUGUAACUUAUUUAUUUAACUUAUUCAUCAUCCCAGGGGAUGCCCUUGUAGAGUUUUUAUUUUUAAUUAGAGUUAUCUAUAAAGCACUACAGCUGAUUUCCUGUAAGAGCAGCAGAGCAAACUUUGAGGACAAGCAAUGAAUAUUCAACCUAUAACUGUGUAUUCAGAAAAACAGGAAAAAAACCAAAGACACUGGGAUACUUUGCCUGAACUUUGUGGCUUCUUAAAAGUUAAGCGGGGGGGGAUAAUAAUCCAUGCCAAGCAAAAAGAGAGAAACCCUUAAACUAGCUGCUUCCAAGAAUGAACUUCUGUGUGUGGAAAAAAAGAAAAAGAAAAAAAAAAAAAAGAAAAAAGAAAACAGAAAAAAAACCUUUCUAUUUCUAGUGAGAACCAAAGAGGCUACCUCACUGACUUUUCCAUUUGUAAUUUUAAUCGUGUUGAUGAUACCAAAGAUACCAAAGAUUUCUUUCUCUGUGCGGUCUGCAUUCUGCUUGCGCUCUCUGAUAACUCCCACUGUUCUCUCCCACACCCAGAAACGUCCAGCAGAGCCCAGAUUCCCAAAGAAACGCUACCCUGGAAGCUGCCAGUUCUGGUGAUGCCCUUUUCCGUGUUCCUUGCUCCUUGCUGCCGGCCAAAGCCGCCUGCAGGCGCGGAGCCCUUCCCGCUGCCGGUCCGCGGUGGAGCGCUUGUGCGGGGCUGCAGGUGACUCCGGCCCUCGUCCGUCCGCACGCUCCCCGGGGAAUCCGCAGGCGCUGCCAGGGCCGCUGUGGGGUGUGUUUGCAGCAGCAAUUAGCAUUGCUAAUUAUUGUUAUUCUCGUGCUCGAGCAGAGCCCAGGGCUGGUGCGGGGCCGCAGAGCCCGGGGCAGAGGAGGAGUUCGUGCGCAGAUCCAGGAGCUGCUCCCUCUCCUCACCUUUGGUUGUUGUUUACAAUUACCGUUUUCAGAUAAAAAUCAAUUAAUUACUUUUCUCAAGUUAGCAAUGAAGUGAGGCUACAUUAAGCUCCAUUAGCGUCACGUUCCUGAGUGAUUACUUCCAAGUCGUUUGGUUGUUUGGUCGGGGAAUUAGCGGUGCCCUUUGGCGCUUGGGUUUUGAGCGUGUUCCGCGCUGUUUGUAGGGCUGCAGCAAUGCUCCGAGAGCCGAGCCCAGCCCUGGGCGCUGCUCGCUGCCGAGCCCAGCCCGGGCUGGCCCAGCUGCUGCUGCAGGGCCCGGGCCUUUCCCUGAGGAAUCUGCUGGCCGUGCCCUUCGGCCGCAGCGCUCACCGACAGCUCAGCACAAACGCUCUGCUUCAACGAGUGCUGCCUUUCCUUUCGUGUUUCUUUGGGGGCUUAAGUCUGUGUUGGAAAGGGUAGGACUUGACAAGUGUGCUUUUCUCUCUGUCUCUGUGUUCCUUCAAUACAAAGCUAUAAUAAUUCUCAGGAUGCCUUCUGGGCGGGGGGAGCCGAUUGUCCCUGUGCCCUCGGACACAGACAGUCCCCAGAGCUGGCAGGGUCCCCGUGGCCCCCCCGACUCCUGCUUCACUUGCAAAGAGUGAUGUUACCACGGGACGAGUGCCUUGCUUGAACCAAAGCAACGAUUUUGCCAGUCUAGACCUCUCUGUGCUUUUUUUUAUUCUUCCUGUGAAUACCUCAGCUUCGACUGGGCCGCCGAAUCGUACCUGGUGGGCUUUUGUACUGUGGUGCUUUGCAAUGCAGCCCUGCAAAGAACAGACUCCUGAUGAUACCAAAGGCUCUCCUCCUCUUUCUCCUCCUCCUCCUCCUCCUCCUCCUCCCCCCCCCAUCCCCGAUCUCUCUUUCUCCAUGGUUCCAAAGCUUUAUUACGAACUGGGCAUGUUGGCAACGCAGACCGUGCAAUCCCUUACCGAGUUUUCUCAGAUAUACCUCAUAGAGAGUAGCUGUUUAGCGUAAUGUUAUUAUAGCGUAUGUAAUAAAUUAUUCACUGUUUCUUUUUGGUAACUGUGAUUUAAAAGGAAAAAAAAACAGAAGAAGAAGCUUUAUAUGUUUUAGGUUGUGCUUUUGUACUAGACGGAGAAGGUGCGCUUAAAAAUGUACGUCAGUCUUUCUUCCCAUUGGGUUUUUUUUGUUACUUUGGAUCGGGGAAAAGUUGCAGAAUGAGCCCAAAGUUUACAGUUUCAUAUUUUGCUGAAGAAACAAUCUGUGUUCAUUUGCUCUGUUGGAAAAAAAAAAAAAAAAAAAAAAAAGAGGGAAAAUUAUUUUCUACAUUUGUGCUACUUGGUCUGAAGAGCUGAUUGUCCUGUGUGACGGUGUAGUAUUAUAAUUAGCAACUGCCAAUCAGCGCUCCCAUGUUUAUGCAUGAGGCAAACCCUUAGCAGUGUGAUGCAUCGUGGUUCUUAAUGGCAACUUCUUCCUUUGGGUUUGGGACGAGGUCUUUGGGUUGGUAUUUAUUUAUGCAUGGAGCCUGUUAGCUGUUCGCAGUCGUGGCGCAGUUGUGUUUGCAUUUACGCUCUGAAAUCACGCCCAGUUUCGCCCCGCGCAGCUCAGCGCUGCUCAGGGCGGGUGUCCACGUCAGCUCUGGUCUGUCCCUGUGUUAAACAGACCCAGAUUCAGUUCCAAUGAAAUUGCCAUUUGAGGAGAAGUUUGGCGGUUUCCCCGCAGCGAUUCGAUUCCUUCAGGCCCCUGGCAAUACCCGUGCUGCUCCUCGCGGAGGCUGCCGUGCGUUUGUCACAGGGUCGGGAGUUCUUUGGCUUUAUGGCAGCCCCUGGGCACAGGCAGGGUGGGUGACAGGGACCUGCUCCCGCGCGGCCCAGCCGCAGCUGCUGUGCCAUUGUGCCAGCAGGGGCAGGACGUGCGCCUGGGCCCAGCAGCACUGUCCCAGCCCUGCCACCUGGCCCGAGGGAGGCCGGCCUGGGUGUCCCUCCGAGCACGCCAGCUGUGUCCUGUGCUGCUGCUCGCCCACCCCCUGCCCUGGGGCCGGGUUUGUUGAGGUGCUUUAUCCCCCUCUGCUUUGCCCAGAUUCACGCUUGAGCCCCCCGUUUAAGGAUGGGCUGUGUUUUCUCUCCGGGUCAGCUUCGGAGCCCCGAUGUCCCCCCGAUCCCAGGCCGUGCAGGACAUAAAGCCAAACCAACUGCUCCGAACCCUGAACUCUGGUGGGAAAGGAGGCCUGGUGGGGCAGUGGCAGUCUCCCGAGGAGCCUCUGAGUGUCGAUAUCGUCUGUCAGUAAGGGUAUAUUAGAGAUGUGCUCUCAUUAGUGCAAGGAGACGUUUUCAUUUGGCCUUACUCGGUAGGUUGUGAUAACGAUGAAAGCUGUGUAAUAUAGUUGGGUUAUUUUCUUUCCCGAUUUCUCUGCCAAAGACAGUAACAGACACAAGAACUUUAACCAGGGGUUUUUGUAAGACAGUUGAUGAUUGUAACAGUGGUUAACCUUGCAGAAAGCUUUCCACGUUCUUCCGCAAUAAGCAGAGCGGGAUGUCCCGGCAGAGCCCUGCUGGCAGCUGCCACCACUCCUCACCACACGCAGUUGUUGUGACCCAGCGCCGAGUCACCUGCAUUCCUCAGUCCAGAGGCCAAGAGGGGUAUGUGAGGCCAUGGCAAGGCCACAGCGGGGCUGCCACGAGCUGCUCCAGCUGGCUGGAAUUUGCCAAGGUACUUGUAUUAUGAAAUUUAAGGUCUAUUUUAUUAUGUCAUUUUAUGUCAUUUUUUAACUUUGUGGAAGGUGGUAUGUUGAACUGAGUGUAAGCUGAGUUUUUCAGACAAAUAAAGUAGCUAAAGAGUGAAUGUUAUUUUAUCAUUAAAGGGUUUUUACUCACUGAUUUGUGCCAAUAGAUGUCCUUUAUCUCAAUGACAAGUAUUACAUUGCUUUCAAAGUUUUAUUUAUAGCUAUUGAUGUAAAACCCACACACACAUAUUAUUUGCCAAAGUUCAAUAAAGGAGGAAAACGAUGCUUUUGCUUCCUUGUGCGAUCAAAAGUUCCUGUUUUUUCCCAGGGUAUUUUCCACCACAACCCCCUCCCACACCAAGGGGUGCAGUGGAGCCGAGCAGGGGCUCGGGCUGCUACAGCUCUCAGGGACAGGGAGGGGUGAGGAGAGCUGAGCACAGCCACACUAAUGCAGGCCCCAGGGUAGGACCACAUCCCAAAAAUGCCACCUGGGACCGGGGGCCUGGGCAAGCAUGAGAACAGCACUUGGAAAAGGAUCUGGCACCUUCUGCCACGAGCACAGCCUGUGCAGCUGAGAUAUUACAGGAGAAAUCGCUUUGUAUUUGUGUAAGUCAUGGAAUUAGAUGAUGCAAUGUAAUUACCAUAAAAUUAUGUUAGUUAUUGCACUUUCUUUCCCUGAAGCAGCUCUACGGGAGGAGGCAGGAGGUUCCUGGGGCUGAAAUUCCAUGGCAAGGAGGAUGUAGCAGGUUUGCCUUCGUUCAUUCAGUCACUUACCCUAGCUGUGGACAAAUCUUGUUUGUUUUGUUUCCUCCAAAAAAAGCAAAACAAAGUGCACAAGAAAAGCACUUUGUUGUAUUUCUGUCUUUAAAAACCAAACAAGACCAGCCCUUUCUUGCCCUAGCUCACUCCUCUGACCACCUGGAGCAGGGUCAGCCUGGGGAUGGCAUGGGGGGACCCCAGAGUCCCCCUAGCCCUGUGUCCCAGCCCCAGAGCAGUGACAAGGCCCUGCGGGGUUUAUUGUCUGGGAUCUAACCUUGGCACCAGUGUCUAACCUUGGGGUUAAUAAACUCACUGAAAAAUUUGUUUUCAUGCUCAUUCUCUUGUGUCCCUCUCUCGACACUGAGCCAGGUCCUGCCAUUAAUUAAAUUUACACUGCUUCAUUUCACUUUGCUGAGUGGCCACGGGCGCAGAUAAAGGCAGAGCUGCCUCCUCAGCACUUUGUGUCACAGAGCCCAGGACGUGGCUCUUCCAGCCUCCUUUCCUUCCCCCUCUGGCUGUGCAGGGAACAGGAGGGGGGCCCUGAGCCCUCCGUGCCAGAGGGAGCGUGCUGGGUGAGGAGUGUUUGCCCAAGCCCCUUCCCGUGCACAGAGGGGCUGAGGGCUGCAGAGCCAGUGCCACCGGGACAGCAAAGAGGAGCACAGGCAGGGCACAAACCCUCCGACAGCAAAGAGGAGCACAGGCAGGGAACAAACCCUCCAACAGCAAAGAGGAGCACAGGCAGGGUACAAACCCUCUGACAGCAAAGAGGAGCACAGGCAGGGCACAAACCCUGUGACAGCAAAGAGGAGCACAGGCAGGGCACAAACCCUGUGACAGCAAAGAGGAGCACAGGCAAGGCACAAACCCUCCAACAGCAAAGAGGAGCACAGGCAGGGAACAAACCCUGUGACAGCAAAG